AUGGUCGACUCCACAGAAGAUGUCGAGCUCACAAUCGUUGGCAUGAACGGUGGUGACGAUGAAUCCGCCGACGUCACCUUUGAGUACAAUCACACACGAAUCACUUUGUUCCUCUUUGCAAGCCCUAAUCGACCCGGAGAGAACCUCGAGGAUCGAAUGAUCCGUCUCGUGAACGAGGCUAUCUUUGCUGACGAAGAAGAAUACGAUGCCAUCACUGAUCAAAUCUACGAUGUUAUCCUUGAUGUUGGACGAAUCCCUUUCUCACAAAUUGCACCCUUGAGCAACACCGCGCCCAGCAAGGAUUUGCAUUCACUUCUGUACCCUGGGACUCUCGACUAUCGUCUCCAGACCAUCGAUGGAAAGGCAACCAUCUUUCCUAUCCAGCCAGAGGAGUCGGUUUCCGUCCCCAAUCCUGGGCCGAAUCCUGAGGUUGUGAUGAAAUUCCAGACCAUCAAAUCGAUACCCCGAUACUCAUCCAGGGACGUUCAUGUCCAAGAAGUUCUUGUCAGCGGCUAUGGCACCGUAUGCAAGGCUCGUGUUGGGCCCCAAACCAUGCUCUGUAAGGCUCACAGCCAAGGGCUGGAAAACCCAAGGCUUGAACGAGAGCUGGUCGCCAUGCAAAAAAUAUGGAAUACUUGCAAGAGCCCUGCUGCGAAUAUCCGCGUCCCUCGCCUCCAAGGAUAUGUCACAUUUGCGGAUUCAAGAGAGAUCAUCGGUCUAUUACGCGAUUGGGUUCGAUCAAGUUCUUACGGCAGCACCCUACGGGAUAUGGAUAUUUCAGCUAUACCAAAGGAGCUGAAGAAGAAGUGGUCGGAUCAGAUACGCGAGACGGUAGAUAAGUUACAUGAGCUUGGUGUGGUUUGGGGUGACGGCAAGGCGUCUAAGGUCGUCGUCGAUCAAGAGAACAAUAUCUGGCUCAUCGACUUUGCCGGUGGGUGGACUGAGGGAUGGGUAAACGAGGAGCUUUCUGAUGCCGUGGAUGGUGAUAAUGAAGCCGUCACAAACAUCACAAAGUUCUUGGGUGUGGAGGAAUAA